CGCGAGGAGUAGGUGGCGCGGCGGGCGCUACGGGAGAAAAUUUGCCACCGCGCCGACCAUUAUUUGUGCGCACGGUGUUUGUGAAUUGUUUUGUGUUGUCCGCGUUUUUUUUUCUUCCCCCCGAUAAUGUCCUGUUUAGCUUAAAAAGCAGUUUUAAUUUUUCGUCCUAGUGCCGAACCCCUCCCCAGCAGCCCUCUGGCAUGAGCCGCUGUGAUCCUUAGCAGUUACGCCACCGUGCUCGCUCGCAAAUCUCCCCAUAAACACCCCCUUUUUCCGUUCGGCGACCCAUCAUCGGCGAGAUCCCCCCGCCAACACCACAUCAAAUCAUGUCCGGCAGUGGAAUUGUGAGUGCGCAGGGCACCGUGGUUUUCGGAGUGCCUCCUGCAGCAGCUGCGACGGACUCGUGCGUGCCGUUGCAACCCUCCAUUCCCGUGGCGCAGAGAUCUACGCUGUCUCCCAACGCAUCACCCUUCGUGCCCAAGAACUUCGCUGUGCCCGUCGUGGCGGCGGCCACUCCACAAGCUCCUUUCGCUGCUGCCGCGACGGCGCCAGCCGCAGCGACGGUGGCCGAUAGCGACAUGUCAUACGCACCGCCACUGCCUCCCAACGUUCAAACCAUCUACGUCACGGGCCUGCCUGGAUACUAUGCCUCGUACGUGCCAACACCAGCGGUGCCCUUCUACACCAUGCAGUACCAAUGUCUGUACCAGCCCACACCACCCAUGGGUGUCUGCUGCCCUAUGGAGGAGAGCAUGCCAGCAGUGGCUGACGAGCCACCUGUUACUACCAUGGUGGCUCCUGCCACUGCAGCUACUUCUGUGCCACAGCAGCAGCCCGUGCAGCAGCAGCUACAGCAGCCCAUGGUUCAGAAUGCCAGAAGAAACAAAAAGAAGAGUAGAAGUGGGCGCCGGAGAGAGAGUGCCUCACACAGAGAUCCUAUGUCAGCGGUUGAUGCAAACACCAGCGUCCUGACCGAGUUUGGGCAGGCUUCAGGGAGGAGCGGUGCAGGUGCAGCGAGAGUCACUGCAGUCGACCGUGAAGAGUGGCAGGGGACAGGGCCUGACUUCUCCAGCAGCUCCGAGUUCCCGUCGUUGCCUGUGCAGGACUUUCCGCAGCGGCAGUCACCUUCGGGCAUCAGCUACUCCACGGCGCUGCAGCAGCAGAAAGCACCCCGACCGUCUGCAGUUCCCUCUGGGGCCACAACAAACAGGGACACAGAAGAGCUGGCGUCAUCUACAGUGGGGCUGAACACACGAAGCUUGCAACAACAAGGACGUCGCGGUGGUGGCAAUAACAGCAGCAGCAGCAACAGCCCUAAUGAUGCGAAUAACAAGCAUCACAAAAGAGGCAGUGGGUCGCGCAAGCAUCGGCGUGGUGGUGGGGGGGCUGGUGUUGGUGGCGGGAUUGAAGGGGUCAGGCGUGUGGAAGACACGGAACCAUCAACGAGGCUGCAGCAUCACCAGCAGGAGAGGAGGGGCGCAAAGAGAAGUGGUGGGGGAGGGAAGGCAGCUGUCCCAGCCAUCGACGGAGGUGCUGAGAAGCAUCAGUUUGAGGCCCCCGAAAAGGACAAAUCAGAGCUGAGGCAUGAAACAGAGGCCGUUGUACAAAAUGUGCCUAGGAUUGGCAGUGGCCGUAUGCCUCACCAAAACAGCGUGCGAGUGAACGCUGCACGGGGACGACGGGACACACGCCACUCAUCACUGCUUCGUGGUGUCCUGAAGGGAGAUGGGACCAGGCAGCACCAUCAGCAAGGGGGACGAGGUGGGGGAAACCGCAAGGGAUCAGAUGCGGAUCGCCAUGUGCCAGUGGCGGAAGAUGGCGCGCACGAAGAUGAGAAGCCAGCCCUGAGGAGGAGCUGGCACUCUGGGAGCCCCGCCAGGCAGAAGGACUCCGUGGAUGAGUAUCCGCCACUGGGCAGCAGAGGCACAGAACACUCAUUGGAGCGCUCACCGGAAGGACGGAUGACAAAAGCGGACACCAAGGAUGCCAUGGUUAAACAGGGAGAUAACAUUCCAAAGCAGCAUCCGCAGCCACCACUCAGAGAGAAAGGGAGCAAGCACGGGCCUAUGAAGCCCUUGGCCUCGACCAAUGGGGGCAGCAGUGGGCCCAAGCACAAGACAGCCAUAAGCAUGGCCAUUGCAGAUAUCAUGGUGCCCAAGCAGAGGCAGCCCAAGAAGCUUAAAGAGAAGGAGAACCUGCUCGAACGCAGCAGCAAGAAGCCUGAGGUGGCCAGGAGUUGCUUGGUGGCGAACCGCCUGGACUCUUCGGCACCCAGCAAGAAGCGGGGCAAAGAGCGCGAAACUCCGGCCCGCAGAAAGCUGUCGGUCAUGAAAAAAAUAAUCCUGAAGGAGCGUGAAGAGCGUCGUCAGCGUCACGAGAAGCUUCGGCUUGUCACGGCGGCCAGGCAGAGCCUCCUGGCAAACUCAGCAGCCGAGGUGGUGGUCGAGCUGGCGCAGGACCCAGCACCAACGGAAGGCCCCGAAGACAGUGAUCCGCUGACGCCGCCUUCGCAGACUUUGCCGCAAGUGACAGCCGUGCCGCAGGAGAAGCAUUUGCACUCCACCAGGUUUAGGGACUACUGUGACCACGUUCAGACUGCAGAGAUCAACCUGACCACCAAGACAUUGCUCACUGACCUGGUGUUCUUCCAGGAGCGACUGUACCAAAAGGACCCCAUCAAGGCUCGAUCUAAGCGGCGUUUAGUGUAUGGGCUGAAAGAAGUGCGCAAGUACCUGCUGCUCAACAAACUCAAGUGCAUCAUCUUUGCCCCGGACAUUGAGGAGGUAAAAGCUGAAGGAGGCCUGGACCAUUCGCUGGGCGCCAUCAUCGAGUACUGCGCGUGCACACUUUGUACCCACGGUGUUCGCGCUCAGGCGCCGCCAUCUGGGAACACUGGCCAAGAAGAAUGUGGCUGUCAGUUGCAUCGGCAUCUUCGACUACAGUGCGCGAGAGCAAUGUCAGGCAACACCGCCAACGCCAUCCAAGAGAUCACCGCAGUGGUGGGAGGCGAUGCCUGGCUACCCUGCAACGUCACACCGGCAGCCGGCAAAGAGCGUCCUGUGGCGCUUGUCCUGUGGUACAAGGACAAUGCAUCGACGCCCGUCUACACGGUGGACGCAAGGUGGGGGAGCCUCCUGCAGGGAGCGCGACACUUUCCCGGAGAGGAGGAGCUGGCAGACAGGCUCACCUUUGACGGAGCCCACCAGCCGGCGCUGCUGCGAGUGUCCCACGUGGAGCCCGCUGACGCCGGCAUGUACCGCUGCCGCGUGGACUACCGCCAGGCGCGCACCGAGGUCACGCUGUCACUGCUGCACGUCAUUGUGCCUCCACGAACCGUGAUAGUGUUGGACGAGCACGGCCAGAGGCAGGUGGACGUCCUUGGCCCGUACAACGAAGGAGCGACUGUGAUGCUCGUCUGCGAAGUUGAAGGCGGCGAUCCUCCCCCCGAAGCGCUUUGGUUCCGGGAUGGCGAGCUGGUGGAUACCAGCUUUUCGGUGCUGCGACCGCAGGGCGUGGUUCGCAACGAGCUGCGCCUGGGUCCAUUACGGCGCCGGGACCUUCUCGCCGAGGUCGUAUGCAGUGCUUCCAACAGCAACCUCACGGAACCACUAACGAGCAGCCUCAGGCUUGACUUGAAUCUAAAGCCGACCGAGGUGAAGGUGACACUGCCGGCGCUGUCCGGUGACUCCGCCCUGGUGGCCGACGAGGUGGCCGAGGCCCAGUGCCUUGCCGUGGGAGCGCGGCCACUGGCACAGGUCGCGUGGUUCAAAGGUGGCCACAGGCUGCUGCACGACCGCCUCGUGUCGCAGGAGGCCGGCUCGACGCUGAGCGCCAUCAGCUUCGUGGUGCGCGCCGAAGACCACGGCGCCAAGCUGACGUGCCGCGCCGACAAUCCAAGCCUGCCUGGCAGCGAGAUCAGCGACUCACUCCUGCUCGACGUCCAGUAUCCGCCAAGGAUGUCACUAACUUCAUCCGAUCGUCGACCACGUGAGGGCGACAACGUGACUCUUCGAUGCGACUGGAGUGCCAACCCCGCUGUAACCGCCAUCUGGUGGCGUCACGACGGCCGCCUAUUGGAGUGGCGCGACGAGUUUGUCGACCUGGUGAACGUAACAAGGGCGCAGUCUGGACUGUACGAGUGCCUGGCCUCGAACCGCCUGGGCGAGGGAUACAGCAACCAGAUUCGCCUGUCCGUGUUAUUCGCUCCCGAGUGUGCCGAGGGCCAGCGGGAGGAGUACGCCGCGUCGCCAGAGCUGCGUGUAGCUUGCGAGGUUCGCGCCAACCCGAGCGACGAGCUGCACUUCGAGUGGCUGGCCAACACCACGAGGCGCAUGGGCCGCAUCAACAGCCUGGCGGUGAACGGAACCCGGGCCCUCGCGCGGGCUGUCGCCAGCAGGGAGCUGGAGUACGGCCUGCUGCUCUGCUGGGCAUCAAACAACGUGGGAAAGCAGAGGGAACCGUGCAUCUUCCGCAUCGUGCCACCCGCACCCCCUGGAGACCCUCACAACUGCACCGUUGCCAGGAAAGGUCCGGACAGCGUUGCGGUCAGGUGUCGUCCAGGCCCCACGGGUGGUCUGCCAGUGACUUUCUUCGCCGAGCUGCUCUCCGGAAGAGCCUCGUCGCCGUCUUUACUGCUGCCGCUGAUAAACGCGACCGCUACCAGGUGGCCAGAGUUCAGCUUUGCGGGGCUGCAGCUAGGGAGAGUGUACCUCGUUCGCGUCUACGCCUCCAACUCUCACGGCCGCAGCGGCGUCAUGGAGGUGCGAUUUUCUGCGGGCCGACGACUGCUGCACGAAGCCGAGCCUGCGGCAACCAUUGAUGGCAACGCAACCGCCCUGCCAGGCCAUGUUCUCGGCUUUCUCGCAACGGUAGUGGUGACCCUCGCAUGUGCGACAGUCUGCCUCACCGUUGCCAAAUAUCGAAAGCACAGACGAAAGCGAAAAGCAGGCAUGAAAGAAUCCAUCCAGCUUCAAAAGUCUUCACCGCAGAAAAGCUUCUGCGAGUGUGGCUCUGGUGACGUGGUCUACCAGUCACCUGAUCUCAUCACGAGCAAGUGCGGAAUGUCGGGUCAAACCGACAUCGCCGCAGUGGCGCCCGUCCUUCAUAGAAAAUCAUCUGGCGACAGCGGGUUGGAUCCGUGCUACCACGAGACCAGGGUUAUCGCCGGAUCCCUGUCGCCAACCGUACAAAUCAAGCAGUAGUACACCGUGAGCGGCUGAAAGCGAAGCAGGCCGGGAGGGGACGCCGGCAGCGUUAAUCCCUGUCGGCUUCAGGAUGGAAAACUGGCUUUCAUGCUGACCUUCGUGUCCUCGAUAAUGAUGGUGCUGCGCGAGGCCACAUCUGCCACUCAUUGACCAAGUACUGCUGACAUCACAAGAGUCUUCGUCCUCUGGAAAAGCUUCCGGCGAAGUUGUCUUCCAUACAGCCACCCCACCACUGAAACAGAGUGUGUCCGCGCUACCGGAGCAUUUCUCACGACGCUUCUGCACUCACGCAUAAAAAUAAUAAAACACGCUG